AUGACAAGCCAGCUUCACAGUGCGCCCUUAUUUCGGGCUGAGCUUAUGAGCUCACUCCUCCGCCCAGAAGACCUCCUCAAUGUACGUGCUAUGGCCUCUGACAUGAGCGUACCUGGAGAGCAACCUAGUCUCGCAGCCGUAGAGAAGAAAUCCAUCGCCAAUGUCGUGCGGAUGCAGCAGGAGGCCGGGUUUAAAGCCGUGACUUCUGGUGAAUUCAAUCGUACUCGUUUCUGGGGUCUUAUGUGGGACAAGUUCGAAGGUACCAUUCGUCUGCAAGAUGCAGAGGCAUCCAUGUUCCGCCUAUAUCACCCUGACGUUGUGGGUCUGAUCGAGCAGGAUCGAAAGGUUAUGCCUGGAGACUCGGUGAUCGCCGGCUCCAAGCUCUCCUGGAACCCAAGCAGGUCACUAUCCAAUCUUCAUGAGCUGCGUCUGGUGCAGCAGGCUCUCCCUGAGAGUGAAUGGAGCAACAUCAAGUUGACAAUGAUCACACCUGCCUGGUUCCACAUGCGGUAUAAGCAGGGCAAGACCUAUACUUCUGAAGCGUACGCAAAUGAUGCCGAAUACUUCCAAGAUGUGGCCAAGGUGUACCAAGCCGAAUUGGAUGCUCUUUACAAGGCCGGACUACGCAACGUGCAGUUUGACGAUCCUCGAAUGGCCUAUUUCUGCUCUAGUGCCUUCCUUGAUCUGUAUAAUGACUGUAUCGCCAAAAUCCCUACUGAUAUGCACCCCGGCAUUCAUCUUUGCCGUGGUAACUUCAUUGGUGGCCGUCAAUUCGCCGAGGGCUCUUACGACGUCAUUGCCCAGAAGCUAUUUGAAAAUCUUAACGUCAACAAAUUCUAUCUCGAGUACGAUACCGAGCGCGCUGGUGGAUUUGAGCCUCUCAAGUACCUCCCCAAGAACAAGAAUUUUGUUGUGGGAAUCAUCAGCACCAAGAUCAGCGAGCUCGAGGGUAAGGAGGCUAUGAAGGAGCGUAUCUACAGCGCUGCUGACUUCAUUGCUUCCGGUAGUGGCGAGACCCGAGAGGAGGCACUGAAAUGUGUCUGUAUUAGCCCGCAGUGUGGCUUCAAUACCCACGAGUCCGGGUACCCUCUCUCAUUCGAUGACGAGAGAAAUAAGCUGUGUUUAGUCCGUCAAAUUGCAGAUGAAAUUUGGGGUGAAGCGCUCGUUAUGAAGGACUUUACAGUCGGUGACAUUGGUGUCUCUUCUAAAUCUUCUGCCCCAGACAUACGUUCAAACUUGACUCCGUUUGAUCGGCUCCGGGAAAGUCCUCCGAGCGACCUUAAUGUACCUCCAGAAGCGAAUAAAAUUCAUCUCUCAUCCCUCAAAGACAUCUUCCAAGCUAUCAGUACUCUACAAAACCAAUUUGAAUCUGGUCAGCCGCAAUCCCCGCAGUUCAUUCACGCUUCAAAUAUACCACCGUCACUCCUUAGCCAGACUAAAAAUGACAUUGGCCUCUUCCAAGGUGCCCAAGCACAUAUUGCACACGAGCAGGCGGAGAUGGUACUGAAAAUCUCACCAGGACACGACUACAAUUCAAUCAUUGAGAGUUUUGCCGAGGAAAUCAAGACAAAACUGCGCGCUAUGGGUUUUGCUUCGUGGAAUGGAGAGUUCGAAGCAAUUGAUUCAGCCAGAAUCUAUGGAGAUUCAUCAUGUAAAGAGCCGGCCUGGGGCAUAGCUCCCAAGAAUACCACCAAUCCCUCUCUUGUCCUUGAAGUCGGCUUCUCGAAGUCUUAUGCCAGUCUCAGAAAUGGUGCCGCUUGGUGGUAUAGUAAUGUUAAUACCAAGGCGGUUGUGUUGAUCAGCGUAUCAUACAGUCCUGUCCUCCAUGUGGCUUUCGAGGUCUGGUACGAGGUAUCCAAUCCUUCACUUGGUCCAUCCACCAAAUCCAGUCCACAGCAGGUUCUUGAAUGUACGCAAAGGGCUCAGUACCUGGACGGCCAAAUUAAAGGUGGACCAUUGAGUAUUCCUUUCGAUUCUAUCUUACAUAGACCACCCCGAGGUAUCGAGCAAGACAUCAUCCUCAGUCCUGCUAUACUUGCACAUAUUGGCGCGGAAGCAUGA